CUGGGCGAAAAAUACGAAACCUCCCAGCUGUGUUUUACCUGUUUGGGCCGCUCAGGAGACUGCGGCCCGCGGCACAUUCGCCCCUCAGUGGACACACACAUCACACACAGACGCAAACCUUAAAACCUUACCAACAAAGAGUAAAUACAUUUUUUCCUACUAUCAGGUACCACGUUUGGACAUUUGGCUCCAAACGACAGCCAGUAUUAAUUUUUCCCGAAAUAGAAAAGAUGAACCAAAUCAAGUCAAAACAGUACUUGUCUCCGAGUCGCCGCCGGAUAGCCAAUACGGUCCAUUAGGAAAAAGGGAAAAAAAAGAUAAGGAAUUGCAUGGAAAGAAAAGAACUAGGAAAAAAAUCAUAUGGGAAGGAAAACCAAUUAGAAAAUAAUCAAAUGGGGAAAAAAGCCGAAAUAACAGAAGCAGCCGAAAGCGCCGAGCGAAGGAGGCGAGAAGUGUAAACAAGAGGCGAGGAGCUCAGGAGAGGCGAGACAGUUUUCCCCCCGUGCUUCCUCCCCCACGGCCACCCCAGGACCACGCACAGGACCCCAGGCACCCCGCGGCAUGGCCCUGACGCCCCCCCAGCGCCUCCUGCAGUGAUCGGCGGGCCAUGGGCAGGGCGUGAAGGAAGGCUGGCCAGCAUGGAGCCGCCGGCCAUGCGUGGUCACCUCAGGCCUGCUGUCAAGGUCAAGAUGGAGGUGAAGGAGGAGCCGGAGUACAUCUAUGUGGACGAGACGGUUUGCCGCGUGAAGCUGGAGGAGAGGGACGAGGAAGUGAUCCUGCCCAAGGAUGACGCUGAGAUGGAUGCUGAGGCGGCGCUGCUUGCCCUGGAGGACCACCUUCUGUCGCCACUGAGCCGCAGACUGCCAGCACGCCGCGGCAGGAAGCCCAAGGUGCUGAGGGUGGGCCGGGGCGGCGCCAACACCGCCACCGCCACUGCCACUGCCCGGAAGAUACUGCCCCGUCCUGCCCCCCUAUCCGUGCCUCUCACCCUCUCUCACCUCCAGCCCCGGCCCCAGGCCCUCCCCCUCCCUCCGCCUGCCCGGACCAAGGCCCCCCAACAGCCAGUCAUGGUCAAACAAACACUGGCACCCCCGCCCCCCACAAAUUCUGGCCGCACCAUCCUGCCAUGGCCGCGGCAACUGUCCCCGGCCAGCCUGACAGCGGCCCCCCUCCAGCAGCUGCAGCCUCUCAGUCCCAGUCUGGCGCCCUGCACCCCCUCGCCCAGCGCCCAGCCGCUGCCCCUCACCCACCUGCAGCCCCUCACGCCCGGCGGGAACAAUGCCCUGGUGCCCCUUUCCCCCCUCUCCCUCACCCAACUCAGGUCCCCGCCCCCGACCGGCUGCAUCAGCCAGCUGGGGGUGCCCCUCUCCCCCCAGAAGGUGCCGCUGCCCCCCAAAGGCUCCAGGAAGGCACCUGCCACUGCCAUGCCCCACCUGGUGGCUGGCACCCCCACCCCCUGCACCAGGGGCUCUCUCCUGCCCCUGGCAGAGACAAGCGUCAAGAAAACCAGCUCAGCCCCGGCCCUGCCCACCACCACCGCCGGUGGCCAUGUGCGCAAGCUACUGCCGCGCCCCCUCAAGCAGCUGCAGCCCUCCCCCGCCGUGUGCACCCACCAGACCGUGUCCCUGCAGCAGCUGCAGACCCUCAGCCCUGCCACCACCCAGACCACCGGCCUCACCCUGCAGGCCCUGCCCGUGGGGGGCCAGCCGCCUCCUCUCUCGGCCCCCUCCCAGGUGGUGUCCCUGCAGCGUAUGAGGACCAUGGCCAUGCCCCCGCCACAGCAAGUUAGGCCUGCUGAGGCCCCCCACCUGCACCCCCUGGCCACCAGCACCUCCCCCCAGCGAGUGACUUUUCAGCCCCUCCAGCAGGGCCCCGCCCUCAGCGUGUCUCAGGCCAUGGCCAUCCAGUCCCUGCCAGCCACCACCCUCUGCCAGGUCCACUCCCUGCAGCCUGCCGUAGGUCAGCCCCAGGCCACCCUAGGCUCCUCACUGCAGACCCCCCUGGGCCUGGCCCCCGACGCCUCGCAGUCAGUUCCUACCCACCUACCCGGCCACACCCCAGGGGACCUGCAGGCGCCGUCCCAGGUGUCCCCGGGGGGCAGCCAGAGUACCUUGCCCCAGCCAGGCGUCACACCCCUGACUGAGCAGGACAGCCUGGGCCUCCCUGUCACCCACAGCCUCAGGGAGGGCGGCACACCCUUCCACCUGAGCCCGGACAUAGGCCAGCCGGCCCUGGGCCAGGACAUGAUAGGCCUCCGCCUGGUGUCAAGACAGGGCCUGGCCACUGUGGCCUCGGGACUCACAGGGGGAGCCACACCUAACGGGGCGGUGCUCAAGGUCCCCAUACAGCCCCUGAGGCCCUCGGCAUCCCUGCUCAAGCCGCCCAAGAGGAAGUACCUGCGCAGGAACCCUUGGGUCAACAGGAAGAAGGACGCCUCGGUGAAGGUGGGCUCCGUCACCACCUACUCCUGGCCCCUCGGUGUGCAAGAGAAGGAGCUCUUCCCCCCCACCUCUGCCCCCUCCGCACAGCCCACCCCCUCUGCCCCACCCACUCCCUCAGCCCGCAAAAUCCUGCCCCGGCUGUGCCCUGCCUCCCUGCGUGGCUCACAGUUGAAACACAAGCUGCCAGUCACCGGCCAGACUCCCUCACGCUGGCUGGUUUCACAGGUGGAGCAGCAGGAGGGCUGUACUGCCAUGGGCACAUCGCUGGCUAGCCCAACCGUGGGAGCCUUUACUCACACACUGUUGAAGCCUCGAGUGCCCGGCUGCAGCCUGCCUCACACGGCCUUGCCUGCCAGCCGCUCAGACACAAGCAGCCUGGCUGGCGUGGAGCAGGAAGACACAGACACCAGCAAUACAGGUGACAGCUUUCUGCAGCCCAUCUCACCCGCCAGAGCCCUUGCUGCCUGUGCCUCCGUGCCUGUCAGCGGGGACGCCACAGCCAUGCCUGAGUCCAGCAGUACCACAAGCUACACACAGGGAGGGGAACCACCUGCAGACAGUUCAGUGACGGAUGACUGUAAAAUGGAAACCGACAACCAGGACUAUCACAGACUUCAUGAGAAAGGUCAUCUUGGUGCUGAGAUAAAUGGCAUCAACUCUUCCACCCAGUUGCCAGGGGGUGACGGGGAUGUGCUGGGAGAGCCUGUCACUGCUGAGGGGCAUGUGCAGACCUUAGGGUAUGCACCAGACUGUAGCACCAAAGAUAAACCCACAUCACUUGAUAUCCCCGAGGGGAGUGCAUCACAUCAGGCUAACUCACUAGGCAUUCUGGAGGACACAUCACAGGGAUAUUUAAACUUGCAGAAAACCUCAGUGGACAACCCUACAAAUGCCCCAGCCCUACAGAGCACCCUCGGGGACUCACACACUACCCCAGGAACCAGCACUGCCAUGGAGCUAGCGUUAGAGUCUUCCAGAUCACCUGCUGCUGUGUUGCCUUCAGAGCCUACCACUGGGACUGCUGAGGGAGGAGAGAAGGGUGUUAAGGAUGAAGAGGAGGUGGGAGAAGACAGCACGACACCUCCAGAUUCACUUCUUAAAGACAUCACACUGCCCACCAUUAUGAACCAACCCUUUAGUUCUUUGCACGAGGUUGGUACUCUAUCCCCAUCCUCUUCUCUCCCUUUCCAACCCCCUUCCUCCACGUCCCCUUCAAGAUCUAAGAGUGAGGAGACUUGCCCAUUCACUCCCCUCGAAAACACACCAGGGAAAGAAGAGCAAAUCACGCCAUGUCGUACUGAGGACCUCCCAUCCACUCACCUUUCCCAGAGGAGUGACAAGCCUCGAGAACUCAUGCCACAGAGGUCACUAGUGGAUAUGAGUGAGUCUGUGAGUAUGGACAGCCUAACUAGCCCUGCCUCACCCUGUUCCAUACCUCCAGUGUCCUUUUCCAUCCCUCAAGCUGUUCCUGUGUCCUCCCUUGCACCCACGACACAUGGUAGCGCAACGGAAAGAGGGGAUUUGUUUCUCUCUAUAUCUCGAUCAUCCUCAGUUAGUGGUUCAAUUGAUGUGGUAUUGAUGGAGGAAGAACGUGAUAUCCCGACGACCCUUAUGCCUUGUGACGUUAGUGGUGAGCCUUCCCACAGUGAUCACUCCAGCACAGCAAACAUCGCAGCGGUCGUGAGUGUGACCACCACCACCACCACCACCGCUUCCAUCAUCUCCACCACCACCGUCACCACCACCACCACUGCUGCCGCCAUCUCCACCACCACUAAUGUCACUGCCACACACACACCGCUGGAAGAAGCAUCACUGGAGUCAUCUAGUCAGCCUCAGGAACAAGUGGAUCUGUCCCGAGGCACAGUGCCAAUAGGCUGUUGCCACUCUGAGCCAACACCCUCAGUGGGGCACGACACAGCACACCCUCAGGAGGCAUGCCGGGCCCCUCCACUAGGCCGGAGAAGAGUGUGGCGGAAGUGGCGGCACCGAGACCCAAGCAGUGCCAGACUGAGGACACUGGUGAGGGUGCAGAGUAGGACCAUCCAGGUACUGCGGCAGAAGCUGAGCCGUGAGCAGAGGCGGAGGCGGGCACUGAGCGAGGUGUUGAGACGUGUCAGGGCAGCCAAGGGUGGUGAUGAGGGUGGGGAGUGUGCUGAGGAGGUCUUGGCUUGGAAGGAGGAGGCGAGGACGAGCAUCACCCCGCCUGAGCCGUCACCACCUGUCACCCGCAGCAGGAGGGUGGGGCCGGGGGCUGCACCCACACCCUCUGCCACCAGGGAAAAGAGGAAGCAGGAGGAGCAGCCCACAGAGGCCCUGAAGAAGGUGGCCUCACAGAACGGUUCCGCUGAUGAGGGGCUGGAGGAGGACGGCCGCCCCCUGCCUGCCAUCAGCGUUCCUUCAUCAGCAGCAGCAGCAGCAGGUAACGCUGAGCUGCAGACCCUCAUCCAGGAGUUCAUGACGCGCGACGACGUGUCCAGACCCGAUGGCCGUGGGUCCCGGCAGCCCCUCCACUACCUGCCGCUGCUGCACAAGCGCUUCAUGGCGGACUGCUGCCAGCCCUGCACGCUGGAGACCUUCCGCCAGCACCUGCCGCCCCAGGUGGUGCCGCGGGUCGGGGAGGACCUGGACACCUGUGUCUGCCUCACCUGCCAGAACCCAGAGCUCAAGGUGGAGAGCCUGGUGCGGCGGCGGCUGCUGCCCCUCAGCACGCGCCUGGAGGAGGUGGUCUUCACCCCUGAGGCCGCCUUUAGGGAGUUCCUGGCCGCCCUGCAGCCCCUCAAGGUGCGCUGCCCCGCCCAGCUCUCCUACAGUGAGUGGUUCCUGGAGGCAGGCAGCGGCGGUAGCGGCCCACAGCCCCAGAAGAGGACCCUGACGCGGCCCAUGGGGGAGGUGGUGGCCCUGCUGGAGGGGGAGCUGGAGCUGCUGCGGCCCCACCUGGCGCGGGCGGCCCAGCAGUAUGAGGCCACGCUGCGGGCCAAGUGUGAGGCGGAGCAGUCCCCGCGCCACGCCGUGCUGCAGGCUGAGUGGGCGCCACUCAUCAUCCUGCAUGCUGUGGGGGCCGAGGGCGUGCCGGCCACGCAGCACGCCGUCAACCUGCAGUGCGGCUACCUGUGGUCCCACGCCGACUCCCUGGGCUACAUUGCCGUGUCGGGCUGCCGGGACCAGCGCGCGGCAGCCGUGUGUGCCAGCCUGGAGCCCCUGCUGGCACGGCUGGUGCAGCAGGGGGUGCGCUGCCUCACCCUGCUGUUGGAUCCCAAGACGGACCUCAGCACCGUGCUGGAGUAUGCCCGGCGCAGAGGUGGCAGCCUGGAGGUACGUUGGGUGUUCUCCGAGCCUGGCCACGGGGCGGGGGUGGCCGAGGCUGUGGGGAACAGCGUGACGCAGCUCAUCUGUGACACGGUCAAUGCCUGGGGGCUGGAGGCGGUGCGCUCGGCCGAGGACGUCUUCGGCCUCAUCAGCCCCAACUCCAGUAACCUGGUGUACUACUACUCCGAGGAGGACGUGUGCCGCAGCAGACGCCUGGUGUGCAGCGCCACCACCCCUGCUGCCAAGCCUGCCAACAAGCUCAUCAAGCCAAAGACCCUCCUGUCUAUGUAGCAUUAAGGUAGGCUAAGGGGGGGAGGGGUAAGGGGUAAGGCACCAGACAUAAGCUCACUGUAUAAUGUUCUUGGUGCCUUGGACACCUGACCGGUAGUGUCUCGGUAAUACUAUAAGUGACGGAAGGUUGGGGGACGUAACCACAACCUAACAUGUUGGCAUCUCACUAGGCUAGACACUAUGACGUAACUUGCAUUGGGUACUAGGACAUACACAUACAGCAAGUCAUUGUUAUUUCCACUAUACUCAUUACCUAAAUAGUACUCAGCUAAACUAAAACUGUAGAGUAUAAAACUGAAGGUUCCAGAUAUGUGACAGAUUACUCUUGUCAUUUCCUCAUCACUGCGCGCCUUUCUAAGAGGAUGUGCAGGUAUAGUUUCUUACACUCAGGAUUUUGUUGAAUUUCUUAAAGCCAUUAUAUUCUACCUUUUUAAUCAACCACAGUACCUCAAUUAUUCAAGGGCAGCAUUGGUAUAUUUAUUAGAGUAUAUAUAUUUAUUCAUUAGUUUAAGUAUUUAUUUGUGUGCAUGUGUGUGUGUGUGUGUGUGUGUGUGUGUGUGUGUGUGUGCAAAAGUGACGUUCAGGGACAGAGUUGGUUGAAGUCGGUUUCCCUUUUGUUCCCUCUUUUAUUCCCCGUUUCUGGAGUCUUUAAGUAAGGAGGGAGUCUGUGCCUGAGUCUUCACCUUCACACCCUGUAAGUCUGCUGCAGAAGCCUAUCUUUAAUCCACUCCAAACAUGAAUUACAAGAGGGGCAAGCUCACAUUUCUUCAUCUUGAUUGGGCAGAGUGGUAGCCAGUCACAGUGCAGUAGUCUCUCACUUUUAGCCCACCCCUAUGCUAUCCAGAUCCCUUAUGCAACAGUUAACCAGCAUCCUCAUUCCUUCAUUCUUUUCACUGGUAGACUUAACUCUUUCACGAGGGGAGUUCAAGACACUUCUCCAUCUGAAAUUAACCUCUCUUUUGACCUCUCUGUCUAAUCCCUUAUGCAACAGUUAACCAGCAUCCUCAUUCCUUCAUUCUUUUCACUGGUAGACUUAACUCUUUCACGAGGGGAGUUCAAGACACCUCUCUAUUUGAAAUUAACCUCUCUUUUGACCUCUCAUUCUAAUCCCUUAUGCAACAGUUAACCAGCAUCCUCAUUCCUUCAUUCUUUUCACUGGUAGACUUAACUCUUUCACGAGGGGAGUUCAAGACACCUCUCCAUCUGAAAUUAACCUCUCUUUUGACCUCUCUGUCUAAUCCCUUAUGCAACAGUUAACCAGCAUCCUCAUUCCUUCAUUCUUUUCACUGGUAGACUUAACUCUUUCACGAGGGGAGUUCAAGACACCUCUCCAUCUGAAAUUAACCUCUCUUUUGACCUCUCUUUCAAAUCCCUUAUGCAACAGUUAACCAGCAUCCUCAUUCCUUCAUUCUUUUCACUGGUAGACUUAACUCUUUCACGAGGGGAGUUCAAGACACCUCUCUAUUUGAAAUUAACCCCUCUUUUGACCUCUCAUUCUGUUUGUUUUUGCAGAAGCAUUGCCCAGCUGCUGUUUUUUUUAUUUUUUAUUUGUUCAUUGUCCUUGAGUUGCUUCCUUUCCCUCAAAAAACUCAACCUGCCUUGCCCAAACCUAACCUAUCUUGCCCAAACCCAACCUGUCUUACCCAAACCUAACCUCUCUUGCCCAAACCCAACCUGUCUUGCCCAAACCCAAUCUGCCUUGCCCAAACUCAACCUGCCUAGCCCAAACCCAACCUCUCUUGCCCAAACCCAACCUGUCUUGCCCAAACCUAACCUCUCUUGCCCAAACCCAAUCUGUCUUGCCCAAACCUAACCUCUCUUGCCCAAAUCCAACCUGUCUUGCCCAAACCCAACCUGUCUUGCCCAAACCUAACCUGUCUUGCCCAAACCCAACCUCUCUUGCCCAAACCUAACCUCUCUUACCCAAACCCAACCUGUCUUGCCCAAACCUAACCUCUCUUACCCAAACCUAACCUCUCUUGCCCAAACCUAACCUGCCUUGCCCAACCCAACCUGCCUUGCUCAAACUCAACCUGCCUUGCCCAAACCUAACCUGUCUUGCCCAAACUUAACCCCCCUUGCCCAAACCCAAACCCAACCUGUCUUGUCUAAACUCAACCUGCCUUGUCCAAACUCAACCUGCCUUGCCCAAACUCAACCUGCCUUGCCCAGACUCAACCCCGUGACCAUUCCUAUCCUUUUAAACUUAUUAUUCGGCGUUUCUUUUUUCCACAAUUCUGUGAUAAUAAUUUACCAUCUUGAGUACUAGUGUUCGCGUGUAGGUUAUCACUGUAUGUACAAGACUGAUAUUAUUUUUGUAUGUUUCAAUCAAUAAUGUAAUAUUGAUUCGA